GCGCCAUUUUACUACGUAAGCUAGCACCUGUUCGCACACGCACUUGUCCGGCCAACCAGUUUGACUAGAUUUUGCAAUCGUUGUUCUCACUUCAAAGCAAGCGGCAUUGAGCGUUCUAAACGACACAUUUUUCAUCGCGUGUAAAAACUAAAAAUAAUGUCACUGCAGGAGAACUUCGAUAAAGCGGUGGAGGACGUGAAGAACCUCAACGCAACACCGGCAGAUUCCGAUCUGCUGGAGAUCUACGGCUUGUACAAACAAUCUACAGUCGGUGACUGUAACACCGAGAAGCCAGGCUUCCUAGACUUUAAAGGCAAAUCCAAAUGGGAGUCUUGGAACGGGCGCAAGGGCAUGUCGCAGGACGACGCCAAACAAGCGUACGUAGAUAAGGUUCAGAAAUUGAUCGAACAGCACGGUUUGAAGUAGAAGUGUGGCCGGAUCCGUGUGGAACCAGCAAAACAGGACUUUUUGGACACGGACAAUGGAUUGCUAAUGUUAGGAGGGACAGUAACAACACACAAGGACUAUUAUGGCAGUAUGGUACAAAAAAAUGGCCAGCUAAGUAAGAUGGCUUUGCUAUUGUUUUAAUGGUUUCGUGGCAGAAAAGUCGUUUUUUCUACUCUCGAGAAUCGAACACACCAUUGGCGUGCAGUGAUGAUCCCUGCGGAAAAGAAGGAAAAACACACACACACAUACACGCUCAAAGCCAUCGUGUUCUGGCAUUGAAUGCAGGACGCACUCGAAACUGAGAAGAUAAUGUAGUAAUUUGCAAAGUUCGAAUUUUUGCACUUAGUUACGAUAUAAGCUGGUUAGGUGAAGAUUGAACUUUAUACUUGGUAAUGGCGAAUUAAUUUUGUUGUAUUGUUCUAACUAACAAUUUCUUUAUUUUUUUUUGUUACGAUCUGUUGGAAGACUUGAACUUGAUAUUCUUACGAGUAGAAUCUCUUUUUACGAGAGGGAACGCGAAACGCGCACAUGGUGACAGUAAAAAUGGAAUCUCGAAUAUAACUUUAUUCAAGCGAUAGAAA